GCGGUGAGGAUGUCGGUGAAUUAUGCGGCUGGCCUGUCGCCGUACGCAGACAAGGGCAAGUGCGGUCUCCCCGAGGUGUUUGACCCCCCUGAGGAAUUGGAGCAGAAGGUAUGGGAGCUGGCACAGCUGGUCUGGCAGUCCUCCAACGUGGUGUUCCACACGGGCGCGGGCAUCAGCACCGCCUCAGGCAUCCCUGACUUCAGGGGUCCCCAUGGUGUCUGGACAAUGGAGGAGCGAGGCCUGGCCCCCAAGUUCGACACCACCUUCGAGAACGCGAGGCCCACGAAGACCCACAUGGCACUGGUGCAGCUGGAGCGCGUGGGCCUCCUCCGCUUCCUGGUCAGCCAGAACGUGGAUGGGCUGCAUGUGCGAUCCGGCUUCCCCAGGGACAAGCUGGCAGAGCUUCAUGGAAACAUGUUCGUAGAAGAAUGUGUCAAGUGUAAGACGCAAUACGUCCGGGACACCGUGGUGGGGAGCAUGGGCCUGAAGGCUACCGGCCGCCUCUGCACCGUGGCCAAGUCAAGGGGGCUACGGGCCUGCAGGGGGGAGCUGAGAGACACCAUCCUAGACUGGGAGGAUGCCCUGCCUGACCGAGACCUCACCCUCGCUGACGAGGCCAGCAGGAACGCCGACCUGUCCAUCACGCUGGGCACCUCCCUGCAAAUCCGGCCCAGCGGGAACCUGCCGCUCACCACCAAACGCCGGGGCCGGCUGGUCAUUGUCAACCUUCAGCCCACCAAGCACGACCGCCAUGCAGACCUGCGUAUCCACGGCUACGUAGAUGAGGUCAUGACCCGGCUCAUGAAGCACCUGGGCCUGGAGAUCCCGGCCUGGGACGGCCCCCGUGUCCUAGAGCUCACUUUAUUACUCGUCUCUGCCCUUGUGGGGAGACCUCAGGACUCUGAGAGCUGGGCUCCAGGCCCACAUUACACCUCCCUUAGCUUGGGGCCUCUGGAGGGGGCCUGGCAAGGGGCAUCCCUGCCCUGGGCCUAACCUUGGAGCUGACACUCCUGACACCUGCUCCACCCUUAGGCCCCAGCCCUGACUCAGGAUGUUUUUGGGAGGUGUGGCCAGGCCCUCUCUGGUUUCCAGCCUAAACAGGAAUUGACCCCCUCUGCCCUCUGGACCCUCACACUCCCCAUCUCUUGCCUACCCCAGAAUUGCCUCACAGUCCCUCCAGGAGGGAAGGGAGGCAGAGUCACCAUUUAGGAGCCAAACAUCAUGCCAGGACAGGCAAUAGAGGCUUGCACUGCCUUUGGGGCUGGAGGGAGAAAGAGAUGAGGCCACCUGGCUUCCUCCAGGCUUCCAGAAAAGCCUUCAAUGCAAUAAAAAGCAACGUUUCUUGCA